AUGUCCUUAGGUGAAACACACCGGAAAGAGCGGAAGCAUUUAAAAAAAUCGUCAUUUUCGUCCCGCCACAAAAAAUCUAGUCGUAAAUCGGAGGACAAACGCUCAUUCAAAGCUCAAACGGACAAAACGAGCGACUCAAAACUCUCCAAACGCAUAAAAAAGAUCACUGAAGAGGACUAUUUUCAACGUCAGACGGAAUUUCGAGUGUGGCUCACACAAACGAAAAACAAAUAUGUCGAUGAUUUGUCGACAACGGAAGCCUUGCAUUUAUUCAAUGCUGAGUUUGCUAAAAAAUGGAACCGUGGUAAAUUAGCGACAAUGUUCUAUACAGGACUGCCAGAUGUUGUGGUAGAACAAACAAAACGGACACGUCAUUGCUGGGACUUUGUCGCAAAACUUGGAGAAAAGGAAAAAUUUGAAUUAGCAACGGCAAAAGAUUCGGUCGAUGUCGCGACAAAAAAAGAAGAUUUACUGAAUUUUGGUGACAAAAGAGAGAAAAAAGAACCACUAGGGGAAAGAGAGCCGAGGAAUUAUGGUAAACGUCGAUCGACGCAGGAAAACGAUGAUGACAAGGAUGAAAAAAACAAGCGACGUCAAGUGGAACGUCGAAAAGAACGGGAAUUUCGAGAUACGAUAAUGGAUGAAAUAGCACCAAAAGAAACGGGACGAGAAGCGCAAAUUGAAAAACGACGUCAAGUGGGAGCAAAAUUGCAUGGAGCUGCAAAAGAUCGAGAAAAUGGACGUGAUGGUCUUGAUUUAAGUGAAGAAUUCUUAAUGGGUGGCCAUGGUGAUGACAACAAUGAUUUGAAACGACAAUUGACUCGUCGUGACUUGGCUCGACGCCGGAAAAAGGAGGAGCAAGAGGAAAAACUGGGAGAGUUGAAGGCAAAGGAAUCUGCGCGCAUGGAGAAGUUUCUGGAAAAUAUGGGUCUGACUGGAUCAAAUGCUCGAAAGUCUGCGACCAUAGCUCCACGCCGAUGA